UCUUUAAAAAGAACAGUGCGAUCAUCAGACAUGUUUCAGUUGCCAAGAAGUUCAACCUAUUCAACCUGUUGCAGAGGAAGCUGUUGCACCGAGGGUUACUCUAACGAAAUGGAUGAGGAAUAUUAUUCCAUGUGUAGAUCAAAACAACGAAGAAAUCGAACAACAUUCACGAAGCAACAGCUGCAGGAAUUGGAAAUCACGUUCCAAAAGAAACAUUACCCUGAUAUAAACACACGAGAAGCACUUGCUGAAAAGAUAGGGAUUACGGAAGCUCGAAUACAGGUAUGGUUUCAGAAUAGACGGGCUAAAUGGAGAAAACUAUCUUCUGCAAAGCAACGUUUACUUCAAAGAAACGCUCAACUUCGGUCAAACCGUGAUUACUUACUUGAUAAUCCAUGGACCAACUUACCAAGGAAGGUAUCACAGUUAGUGCCUUUUAUGGAUGAAAUAAAACACGACCAUGCUGAACAACAUUCACAGCUGUUAGAAUCUACGUCAGGCGGAAGUUCACUUAAAAUUGAGAACUUAGAGGAAGAAAACCAUGACAACCAUGACAAAAUAUCAACAAACAGAGUAAAGUCAGAAGAAAAGCAUUCUUUUAACAGAAAUUUUUUUAGAAAUACUGCCGAAAAUGAUCUGAUUCAUUGCGAGAAACAAAGAAGAUGUUUUGAUACUCCUGUACAUCAUGUAGAUUUAGAGUAUCCAUUUCGAGUGGAGUCUCGACAUCAACGCAAAACAUAUUCUUCACUUGUACCAAUGCCUUACUUACCUAUACCCUGUCCAUGCAAAGCUUGCUAUAUUCAAUCUAUUGAAAUGAUGUAUAAAAAUCAUCGGCGAAAUUCUUCAUUUUUGAUGCCGUCUUCGUCAACGUUAAAAGAAGUCGAGCAAAAAAGUUUCACGAAGGACGUUGACAGACAUGAUGAUUUUACUGAUUAAAAAGAAGUUUUUUUCUAAUCCAAAUUUAACUGUUCUGUAUAAAAGUGUAAAUAUAGUAAAAAAAUCUUUAUGAGAAAAUAUUUCAAAUAUAUACAUCUGUGAUA